GCGAAUUUUGCGAUGAAAAUUCCGAACCGUAGUGCUGGCGCAAAAUGUCCACCGGUGUCCCAAAGACUACCAACGUCGAGGAAGUGUUGCCGAACGAUGAAGAUUUAGGGCGACGAAACUGCAGCUGGCGUGAGCUGCUGCGGAAGUACGAAGAGCCCAUCGGCUCGACGGAAAACCCAUCGGAUCAGAGCAUGGACAUCGACACGGCCAUGGUGAUGCUCGACCAGGAGAUGAGCGACGAAAGCUCGGUCAGCGAUGUCGUCGAGGCCUCGACCGAGGAGCAGAGCGCCGAAGAGAACCCGGAAGAGAUCAAGCAACAGCUGCGGCGGGCGGUGCCGUUGCGCCAGCGCGAAUGGGAGGCGAACGGGCUGAAGGAGAUACUGGACGACAACGAGUUCCGGAUGGUGAGCCACGAAAAGGUUGAGAAUUGGUUGCGAAACCACAUGCACACCAUCACCGGCAACUACAAUGUGCACUACCAGACGCAGCAAGUAACCACGGUAACGGAAACGCGCAUGGACGCUGACGCAGACUCGCUCUACUCGGUCGACACGGCGCAGUACAUUCGCUCGAACAAGCAGAUUAGCAACAAGCUCAAAGUGACCACCAUGAUUAAACAGUACUCGGUAACGAGCUCCGUCCGGCGUCUCACCUCACUCGGCAUCGGCUUCGAGGAACAACAGAAGGCGGAUGCGCAAGCCGCACGUUUAUCGCUGGAGCAGCGUGUCCACAGAAAAUCAGACAGUGCGUGUGAUGCAAAUAAUCCUCCCAAACCGCGGUACAACUAUCACCCGGGGCAGAAGAUACCGCCCGCACAGCACCAUCGGCCGUCGGGGCUGGCGGCGCUUGAGCCACCGAAGGAUAGGCCAAAUAGGCGUAAAGUGUUUAAGAAAACUGUUCCCCGCAAGCGACCAGGAGCGAGUGGGGUGAACCGUUCAUUCGAUCGCGCUUCACCAAGCAGCAAGAAGGAGCAGCAACCGUACGAUCAGGAUCAAGUGUACGCCAAAGCACUGGAACAGUGCGCGCGGAUAAAGAAAAGCAAAGCAUUUUGUCGGCGCAAGGUCUCGAAACGGGCUGCCGCUGCUAGCCGAAUGCAGAACACUUCCACCUCAUCCUCGUCCGACAGUGACAGUGAUGAAGUAUUUUUUGCUCCAGUAGCGUCCUCGCGCGGGCAUCGGGCACCCAACGUCGUAUCAAUCCGUCCGACGAAAUCGGCGCAACACACCGUCCAACCGCAGCCACCAUUGGUGGUAACGCCGGAAAAGUCCGUCACGCCUAGGAAAACGUCACCGACCGAGCGGGAGAUACUGGAACCGUUUCAGUCGAUCACGCUAAGCGCUUCCAAGCGGCCGCGACCACAUCAGCCCGAAUCGUCGGCCAUUUGUCCGCCCAAACCCGUCCGAUUGAACGAGCAGGAAAGGAAACGGGUCGGCAUCCAGCGGGACGGUUGCUAUCACGACGAGGGACUGGUCAUCUACCGACCGAAGGCAAUCCGUCCAAACUGUCCCACCACCACGCGGAUCAACCUGCGCGCGAAAGAUCUCACGCUGACGGGCGUCACCAAGCAGCGUCAUUUGGACAAAUUUCAACACUUCAACUACAACAUCCACCCGAACUCGACCGUGUGCUUCUAUCCGAGCGAAUCGUCCGACAGCGCGGACGAUCGGGACAAUGGUGGUGGUGAUGGUGCGCCGGAAGCAAAGCUGAACGGUACCGCAAACGACACUUCGUACGAUGAUGAUGAUCCAAUCCUCACAUUCCAUCCACGCAAUACCAAGCUGCUGAACGUGGUGGAAAUUCCCCACCGGCGGCGUGUUACCUGAAGCCUGAAGCCCGUGUCUUGCCAAAAUGUCCCGAAACAAAAAAAUAUACACACGAAUCUCUUUGUCCAAACUUUA